GCGUGCACGCAAUUGCGCGUGCCCCUGGCGGGGAGAAGAUUGUGCGUGAGCGCCGACGCGCGUCACCGUGGAGACGGGAGCGGCAGAGAGACAGAGUCGGGUGGGGUGAGCUUGACCAGUGGCAGACAGCGAGUGAGAGACCGAGGCCUUGGGCUUGCGCCCGCUGCCAUGUGAGAGGGGGAGCUGGGAGUCGAGCCAUGGGGCGGAGGGCCGCUGAUCGGCCUUAGUGAGGCUGCGGGGCUCAGGCCGCCGCGCUCUUUUGGGGAGUAUGCCCAUGGAUCCGAGUGUGGCCGACAGCCCGGUGACUCUAGUGAUUAGAACGCCGAACCAGAAGUACGAUGACCAGACGGUGCGUUGUUUCCUCGAUUGGACCGUGGGACACCUCAAGAGCCACCUGGCGCUUGUGUACCCCAGCCGCCCGUCCACCAAGGAUCAGAGACUUGUAUAUUCUGGAAAGCUUCUCCAUGAUCACUUGCAGUUGAAGGACAUUUUCAGAAAGCAAGAUGAGUAUCACAUGGUUCAUCUAGUCUGUUCUUCAAGGUCUCCUUCAGGAUCACCCAAACCCAGUGACAGGAACAAUGGAAUGACAAUAACCAACAGUGGUACCACGAGUUCUGAAAAUUCAAGUACCCCAGCACCCACUCUAUCUUCAAGUCAAGAAUCUGUAAGUGGACACCCAGCUUCCAAUCCCACUGAUCUGAGGCAUCGUAGCCCCUCUCAGGUUACUUUAAACCUUGCACAGAGCCAAAGACUCCAACGUGUGAUCCAAGGACAUGGAGGAGGCCAGGUUCCUAUGCAACCAGUGAUUCCGGUUGGCUUUCCAGUUUAUCCCAUGUACAGUCCACAUCAUGUGCUCUGGUGGCAGCAAAUGUACGCUCGACAGUACUACUGGCAGUACCAUGCGGCUGCUAGGCUGUCAGGUCCAGCCGGAGCUCAGACCUCGGGUCCAGCAGCCUCGGAGCCAGUGAAUCCGGAGCCUCAUCAGCCAGAUGAUGCCCCAGCUGCUCCCGUUGCAGCUGCCCCAGAGAACAGGCCCUUCAACCAGAACAUUCAGAUGAAUGCCCAGGGGGGCCCAGUGCUCAAUGAUGAGGACCUGAAUCGUGACUGGUUGGACUGGAUGUACACUAUGUCUCGUGCAGGCAUCUUGCUGAGUAUCGUCUACUUCUACUCCUCUUUCAGUCGUUUUGUCAUGGUGAUGGGAGCCAUCCUGCUUGUUUAUUUGUAUCAAGCUGGAUGGUUCCCAUUCAGGCAGGAUGCACCAAAUGGACAUCCAGCAAAUCAACCAGCAGACUUCAACCAGGAAGCACAGGAGGAUAAUGCCCUUGAAGUACAUGAAAUGGAGCGUCUCAUGGACGAAGGUCUGGAUGACGAUAGCUGGGAGAGUGGCGACAGUGGUGACAGUGGAGAUGACACCACGGAAAGCGCAGGAGGGGCAGAGCCCCCUGGUUUCAUGGCUUCAGCAUGGUCAUUCGUCACCACCUUCUUCACCUCUCUCAUUCCUGAAGGUCCCCCUCAAGUUGGCAACUAGGACAUGCAGUGGACUUCUCAACUUUGCUGCUCCCUACAGUUGUAUAUUUAAGUGACACUUGCUGAAAAGAAACUCCAAACACCUCAGAUGUGGAAGUGUGCCCAACCCUUUUUUUUUUGCAUUGCUAUUGCUGCUGCAGUCCCCAUGGGGUUCAGUUUGUUGAGUUGUUCUCCAGAUCAAAUCAUCCUUUGAUUGCGCCCAACAUUUAGCAUGCACUAAUGAAAAUUCCUACAUGAAGAGAAAAUGAAAUUGAAAGGAAAUUGCAUAUUUUUCUUUGGGUUUUUUUGUUAUAACUGUCACCAGCUGUUAUUGUGGUCAUGGUGGUGGAGAUACAUAAAUGGAACAGUUCUUGCUGGUUGACACUUGGAUAAGGAGGAAUCUGGUUAACAUUACAUUUUUUGGCUGACUUGUAAGGAUACACGUGCAAUCUAAAUUUGCUAACAUAUCAGUCACACAUGGCAUUACUUUUUUGGCUUCAGCAUUUUUCAUUGGUUGCCAGCCUAAGGCUCUGGAACAGUUUCCUGGCACAAUGUUGCUGGCUAUUGACUGGUUAGUUUGGAUUUUGAAGCUCAGUUGGCUUCAUUUGAUUUGUAUUUUGAUCUGAGUUUGAGGUAAUUUCCCCUCUCCUCCUCCCCACCAGAUAUUUUACCCGAUCCCUGGGUUUGUGCUUACUGGUAGCAGUAAACAAUUUCAUCUCAACUUCGAUCACUUGACACUCUGGGGCUUACAUGAAAAAAAGCUGUAGUUUGGGAUUUCAGAGACAAAUCCAAUGUAAUUUGUACUUGUUAUAUACAUACUUUUUAAAAUUGCUUUUACAUUUUAAAAACUCAUUUUAGAAUUGUAUAUUUUACUACUUUGCCUUUUGGGCAUUGAAGGCAUAACUGCUCAAUUGGCGGUUUUCAUUUGGAGAUGGCUAGAGAUGGUGAUGUAACUCGUGCAUAUGUUACUGAUGUAGUGGAAGUGUGAGAGCAUAGCAGUGUAAAUACAUGAUCUGUUUGAGUGUUCCCAGCCUGAACAGCAAUAAAUGCUACAUAUAGGAUUAGCAGCACUGUUUGGUACUUCAGAAGGCCAAAUAAACUCGGUGUCUGCAGCAUGCUAACAUACUUUUAACAAUAGUGUCACAGCGAAAUACUGUUUGCUAGGGGGGAAAAGCAAAUAAUGAUUAUUUGAAUAAACAUUGACACAUGCAUAUAGUAUCGCAUGAAAGGGCCAUAUACCCUCAGUGUUUUGUUAUAACUGAAAUUCAUAACCUCCCUGAACUGGGAAGGAACUUUCUCUAUUUGUCCCGUUAAGUGUACUAAGAAUGGUACAAAGGGCAUGUAGGGGUGCCCAGCAUUAUUACUGGAUUCACAAGCACACCUGUGUUAUUCAUUAAAGAACAUGCAUUUGGAUCACACUGCAGCAGGAGUUUAAAUAAAAGUAAAACUAGAGUAAAGCUGGCAACAGGUGAUUAUGGUCAUGAAACUGUUGAGUUAUUGUAAAAACAGGUGUCUCACUAAUAAUCUGAGAAAAGGAAAUCUGCCACCCUUGCCUACUUUGGUGAUUUUGCCUGCGUGAUUUAAACACUUCAAUGUGGAUCUCUCUCAACUGAUCUUUAAGUUCACUUAAUGUCAUCAAGUCCAAGGACUAGGUGUAGGUGGGCAACGAUGCCAGUGUAGUCCACAUCCUGACUAAUAAAAAUGUGUCCUAAAUUAAUAUCUUUGGUCCCUCAGAUUUUCUCCGAAGGCUGGGUGCACCUGGCGUGUCUUGGGCAAGUGUUUCUGGUUCCUAUGGCCUAUUUCUGCUGUUGCUCAGUGUCAAGGUUCCUCAUCCACUUCAGUCUCCUCCCUUGACAGCUAGUAAGCAGAAAGCUUUCAUUUCACCCCAUGUACUUGAUCAUCAAGUCACGCGGAGGUAAAAUUUUAGCCUCUUUUACAGGAACCAGUUGUGUCUGCUCUACAGUUUUACAUUCAGUGGAUCACUGAAAUUUUGUUGCUGCUGCAAUUUAUCUUAAUUUGUAAAUAAAUUUCCACUUUAUUUUAGUCCAGUAUAGUGUCAUGGAAUUCCAUG